AUGGCGGCGGACGGGAAUGGCGCGGCCGCUGCCGGCGGGGACACCAGGGCGGCCUUCGCGCAGAUCUACAAGACGCUCAAGGAGGAGCUGCUCACCGACCCCGCCUUCGAGUCCACUGAGGAGUCGCACCAGUGGAUCGACCGCAUGGUUGACUACAAUGUACUCGGAGGCAAGUGUAACCGUGGGCUCUCUGUGGUUGACAGCUACAAGCUGUUGAAGGGUGCUGAUACUCUGGACGAGGAGGAACUGUUCCUGGCUUGCACCCUUGGCUGGUGCAUUGAAUGGCUUCAAGCUUUCUUUCUUGUGCUUGAUGAUAUCAUGGAUGACUCCCACACUCGUCGUGGCCAGCCUUGCUGGUUCAGGGUGCCUCAGGUUGGCUUCAUUGCUGUGAAUGACGGGAUUAUCCUUCGCAACCAUAUCUCACGGAUCCUUCGCUGCCACUUUAAGUGCAAGCCUUACUAUGCUGAUCUCCUUGACUUGUUCAAUGAGGUUGAGUUCAAGACAGCUUCAGGUCAGCUGCUGGACCUUAUCACAACCCAUGAGGGAGAAAAAGAUCUGACAAAGUACAACAUAACAGUUCAUGGUCGUAUUGUUCAAUACAAGACAGCCUACUAUUCAUUUUAUCUGCCGGUUGCAUGUGCCCUGCUUCUCUCUGGCGAGAAUUUGGACAAGUAUGGUGAUGUAGAGAACAUCCUUGUUGAAAUGGGAACAUACUUUCAAGUCCAGGAUGACUAUCUGGAUUGUUAUGGUGAUCCUGAAUUUAUUGGCAAGAUCGGAACUGACAUUGAAGAUUACAAGUGCUCAUGGCUAGUUGUGCAAGCCCUUGAGCGUGCUGAUGAGAGCCAAAAGCGCAUUCUAUUUGAAAAUUAUGGCAAGAAAGAUCCAGCUUGUGUGGCAAAAGUGAAGAACCUCUACAAAGAACUUAACCUUGAGGCGGUAUUUCAGGAGUACGAGAAUGAGAGCUACAAGAAGCUGAUUGCAGACAUUGAAGCCCAGCCAAACAUCGCGGUUCAGAACGUGCUGAAGUCCUUCUUGCACAAGAUCUACAAGAGGCAGAAGUAG